CCGGAGCGCGAUAAAUUGGUAUCAUUAUUUGGACAUCGACCGCGCAGGUGCGGAAUGACAGCUGUGUAGGCACGCGGCUCCCUGGGUGUAUUCAUUUAGGUGUGACAAAUGCCGCAAUUCCUUGCCAGCGUCAUGUUAACGUUAUUUAAACCGUAGCUGUGCGAGAAGCGACUGGCAACUUUUUUUUCCCCCUACACUGCAUGGCGGACUGUUGUUACAUUUUUGGAACAUGAUUAGGCACAUCACUCUUGCUUAGAAGGAGACCGAACUUCAAAUGUAUUCCCUGCCGGGCUGGAGACCACAGAGUCCCAGGUCUGGACUGAUUCCUCCCUUCGCUCGUCGCUCCGGUCUCCGAGGAUGAUCGGCUGCAUCGCCUGCUUUUGGGUGCUCCUCUCUUCGGCCCUCGUCGCGAUCUGUAGUUUCAGUUUUGUUGCUCCGGCAUGGAUCGUCAAAGAGCGCCUGAAAAACAAAGCCGCCGUGAGCUUCGGGCUGCUGUGGCAUUGCUCCGAGUCCAUUGACCACAUGUCCAGCUGCUAUACGUUUUCGGGACUUGGGAAAUUCUCUGAAAUUCCCUCCAGCUCGUGGCAGGCCAGCGCAGUGCUGUGCUCCGGAGGCUGUGCGCUCCUGGCCGUCAGCGCCCUGCUGGCCUUCAUCAUCGUCUUCCUCCCCAGUGGAGCCUGUGAGCGGCGGGCCUGCUACCUGGCCGCCUACAUACAGAUGGCAGCAGUGAUCCUCAUGGGAUCCGGCCUGCUGGUGUAUCCUUUUGGACUGAACUCCACGCUGGUGAGGUCGUUUUGCGGCGAUUCAGACAUCUACUAUGCAGGAGAGUGUCAGAUUGGCUGGGGCUACAUGCUGGCCAUCGUCGGGGUCAUGCUAACCCUUUUUCUGCCCUUUUUCGCAAAGUAUGCCCCUAAAGAACAGGUAUCUCCCACCCCCCUGCCCACAAUUUUAUAGUGAGUUUAACUUCCACUGAAUGCUUACCAACAGCACUGUAACUCCAGCUGUACGCCUAAUUGGAUGAAAUAAAACACCAACCACUAACAGGACUCAAAGUACUGUCUUCCUGCCUACUGUAAGAUAAACCAUUUCAUCAGUGACUGCUUAAUGAAACUGUUGACUUCAUUUAUUAUUUUUUUGUGGAAACAAGAAGCAUUCAUUCAUUGUUUAUUUUAGAUGUCAAACAGAUUAAAACCA